UGUUUAAGCCAACCAAGUAGACAGAUUAGAGAAUAUUAUACAAAUUUUCUAUAUGGAUUUGCUAAAUCCCUUAUGCUUUACAGAGUAUACAAAGAUGUUGCUCAUAUUGCUGGUGACUUCUUUGGUAGUUUUUUUGCUGCGCUUUCUGUUGCAACUGUUUUGGACGGAGCGCCGGCACCGCCAACAGCUGGAGGGCGUGGCGCCCAAUGUGUCCCAGGUGCCGCUCAUUGGCACGCUCUGGCAGAUGCGUGACUUUCAGCCGGAUAAUUUACACGAGAAGUUUGCGGCAUAUGUGAAGCGUUACGGGCGCAGCUUUGUGGCCACGACAUGCGGCCGCAUGGUGCUGGUAACCGCCGAGCCGAGGCAUGCGGAUGCCCUGCUCCUGAGCAAACAGCAGCUGCGUAAGAGCGUCGUUUAUGGCGCCCUCGGCGGCUGGCUGGGCAACGGUUUGCUGCUCAGUCGCGGCGAUCGCUGGCAUGCCAUGCGCAAGAUCAUAACGCCCACAUUUCACUUUAGCAUCCUGGAGCAGUACAUCGAGGUGUUCGACAGGCAGUGCAAUGUGCUGGUGGACAGACUGCAGCCGCUGGCCGCGGACAGCAAUCGGCCGCGGGCGUUCAACAUAUAUCCGUAUAUGUGCCUGGCUGCGCUGGACAUCAUCAGCGAGGCGGCGAUGGGCGUCAGUGUCGAUGCGCAGCGGAAUGUGGAUGCGCCGGUCGUCCAGGCUGUCAAGGACGUGACCAACAUACUGGCGACACGUUUCAUGCGACCGCAUCUGUUGCCGCCGCUGCUGUUCCGCUUGCUCUGGCCCAGCGGUCAUCGCAAGCAGUGGAACGGCGUCAAGUGCCUGCACAGCUUCACCGACGACAUCAUCAGGCGGCGGCGUCAGCUGUUGCUGCACGAGCAGCAGCUGGGCAAACGGUCUGCCCUAUUGGAUACAUUGCUGCAGGCACGGCUCGAGGGCGCACCGCUGACAGACGCACAGAUACGCGAUGAGGUGAGCACGUUCAUCUUUGCCGGCCACGAUACGACCACGUCAGCCGCCUCCUUCUGCCUGUUUCUGUUGUCGCGGCAUGCGUCCGUGCAGCGACGUCUGUUCGAGGAGCUGUAUGCCCACUAUGGGCCGGCUCUGGAUCGUCCGGUCAUCUAUGGUGACUUUGCGGAUCUGCCCUAUUUGCACUGCGUAAUCAAGGAGUCGCUGCGCCUGUAUCCGCCCAUACCGGCGGUGGGCCGUUGCCUGGAAAGCGAUUUGAUCUUGGCAGGUGAAGCAGAUGGGGCAGCUGGGGCACACGUGGUGCCCGCGGGCACCAAUGUCAUCGUGCUGCUCUGGCAGCUGCUGCACGACGAGCAGCUGUACGAGGAUCCGUUGCGCUUCUGGCCGGAGCGGCAUUUGGACAGCCAUAAAACGGCCGAGACUGGCGCCGCCAGAGCCUGCUCCAGCUAUAUACCCUUCAGCGCUGGUCCGCGCAAUUGCAUUGGUCAGCGCUUUGCGCUGCUCGAGCUGAAGACAAUUGUCAUCAAGAUGUUGCGGCAUUUUGAGCUGCUGCCGCUUGGCGUCGAUGUGAAGCCUUCGAUUAAAAUUGUGCUGCGCUCCGCCACGGGCGUUAAUUUGGGCUUAAAGAAGCGUUCCUAUGCGAAUUGAAUGUGAUUUAGUUAAAUGCGUGCGCGUCCAUAAUAAAUUGCUUCAAAAUGCAA